AUGUCAUCCAAUAUCCCCGAAGACGCUCUGCACAAGAUUCUCAACAAGAUCCAGACGCAGGUGGUGCAGUCGCAGCGCGAACUGGCCUACGUGCGCACCCAGAUCGCCUCCAAGGAGCGCGAGGCCAAGCUGUGCGACCUCACCCUCUCCCAACUCGCUCCCCGUUCCAGCACUGGCGGGGAGGCGACGACGGACGACGAGGGAGGGUAUUAUCGCAGCGUGGGCAAGAUGUUCCUCUCCGACACCCGAUCCAACAUCACAACAGACCUGACUUCCAAAGCGACCACGUACCGGGACGAAGCAAAAGUGUUGGAGAAAAAGCAAAAGUACCUGGAAAAGCAGGCGGCCGACGCCCAGGCCCACCUCAAGGACAUUUUCAGCUCCGUCGAUCGACAGCAGCAGAUGCAGGCUCAGUCUUGA